AUGCUGGACACUUUCAAAAGUCAAGGUGGUGGAGUUCGGCUGAAGGGAAGCGACGAGAAGGUGCAGGGUGGUAGGGGCAAGCUCGGUCAUGGGGGGUGGGGAAUCCCAAGCUCAGUGGUGGGAAGGGGAAAUUUGGACAUUUUCAAACUUUGUGACGAUUUCUACUCGGGAAAUGCCAAUCUGGAAAGAAUUAAUUGGGCAAACAUUGCUUUAAUUCCGAAAUGCCAAUCUCCAGAUGAUCCUUCCCAUUAUCGGCCAAUCAGCCUCAUUAAUUCGACCCUGAAAAUUGUGUCCAAAGUGUUGGCAAAUAGACUCAGUCGAAAGAUUGGGGGGCUAGUUGACUUGACGCUGACGCAGUCUGCUUUCAUUAAGGGUCGUUGUAUAAUUGAUAACAUAUCCACAGCCCAUGAAUUGCUCUUCUAUAUGCAAAAACUUCGUCUCCAGGGUUUGAUUCUAAAAGUGGAUUUCUUCAAAGCUUUUGACACUGUGGAUUGGAACUUUCUCUUUGCUUUGCUCCGCGCUCGAGGUUUUAGCGAAAAAUGGACUGGAUGGAUCCAGACUAUCCUCUUGAGUUCCAAAGCUUCUUUCCUCAUUAAUGGUACCCAAUGUAGAUAUGUUCGAUACCGUAGGGGCCUUCGGCAAGGAGAUCCUCUUUCUCCACUAUUGUUUGUUCUGGUUAUGGAUGUGCUUAGCACCAUGUUCAAUAAUGCCCUAAGCACUGGGAUCCUUCACGGGAUUGCACUAGUUAUGACUACUGGGGGAGCAGAGGACCUCCGUAUUAUUAAGCUGAUUCUAUACUUAUUCGAGGGUCUAUCUGGUCUAAAGGUAAAUCUUAGCAAAACUUGCUUAUACUCUUCCCAGAGAAACUGUGACCCCCCGUCUAUUUAUGCAAGCACUAUGCACUGUACUACUAGUACCUUGCCGUUGAUCUAUUUGGGAGUCCCGAUUUCUGGGGGGCGACCAAGAAGACAGGAUUGGGAUACCCUGAUCAAUAAAAUUCGCAAUAGGCUGGCAACGUGGAAGUCCAAAUUGCUUUCACUUGGGGGGCGACUUACUACCCUUAACUUGGUGCUCUCGGCUAUCCCAACUUACUGGAUGUCUAUUUUUAGGUUACCCUGUUGGGUAGUCAGCUCGAUUGAUCGAAUUCGAAGGGAGUUCCUAUGGGCAGGCCCAGAUGAGCAUCGAACUAAAAUGAGGCUUGUUGGUUGGUCGAGACUCUGUAUAUCUAGAGAGCAGGGCGGUUGGGGUAUCCUGAACCUUUCCACCUUUAACAAUGCCCUGUUAGGUAAAUGGUGGUGGAAAAUCAUCAAUGAUCGGCAGUGGUGUGGAGAAGUUGUCAUCAGAGCAAACUAUUUUAGGAAUUUCCCUUCUUGGAACCUUUUCCACAAGCAUUGUCCUAGGAGAUCUUUUUUCUGGAAUGGCAUUCUUCAGAUUUUACCGGCCUUCCGUAUUAACCUGACUCCUAUCAUACGGAAUGGUGCCUCUACACUAUUCUGUCUUGAUAAAUGGGUUGAGGGGCGCGCACCUGCGGACAUCUGGCCAAAUCUUUUUCAGUUGGCACUACUCAAGGAAUGUACCAUCAAGGAUCUAGCUGGAAGGCAGCUUCCAAUUCCGUUGGAGGAUUUUGCAUCUGCUUGUGAACUGAUGGAUCGGAUCAGCAUGAAUCAUGUCACGGGAGGCGAUGAAAAACGUUGGAAACUAACGGCUAAUGGGACAUUCACUGUUAAAUCAUUCUACAACUUUCUGAAUGAUGGAGGUUUACGUUGUGGAUGGACAUCGACUAUCCUGAAGGGUCAUUGCCCUAAGAAAAUCAAUCUGUUUAACUGGCUGGCGCGUGAUAACAAAAUCUUAACAUUAGAAAAUCUUGCGAAGCGAAGAUGCAACCUCUUUCACUCGAUCACAUGUGUGUUAUGCCACGCUAACGUUGAAUCGGCCGAUCACCUCCUUAUCCAAUGUCCAGUGACUUCUCAUGUUUGGAAUUUCUUUUGCCAAUUACUAGACCUUUGGUGUGCCCCUAGGUCGCUCUGCGAUCUUUGGGGCAAGUGGAGGAAAAACAUCAAAAAGCCACUCAUUUAUCUCUGGGAUUUGCUUGCGCGUGCAAUCACUUGGAAUAUUUGGAUUGAAAGAAACACUCGCAUUUUCAAUUCCAUUUGUUGUCCAUCUAUUGCCAUUAUUGUUAAAAUCGAGCAUAUGCUUCUCCUUUGGUUAUCUGCAGCUCCUGACUCGAAGAAAGCUAGAUUGGAGGAGCCUUUGGCGAAGGUUAAGCGAAGCCUUGAGUUUCUCUCCUCUUCGGACCCGACUCCGAGCGUCCCCCCUGAGAGUCCCCCAAACAAUAGAGCGGUGUAG